AUGGCGGAGCCGGGGCUCGAGGGCAGCCAGCCGGUGGAUCUGUCCAAGCACCCCUCCGGCAUCGUCCCCACGCUCCAGAAUAUUGUAUCAACAGUUAAUUUGGAUUGUAAACUUGACCUCAAAGCAAUAGCUUUGCAAGCACGAAAUGCAGAGUAUAACCCAAAGCGUUUUGCUGCAGUCAUCAUGAGAAUAAGGGAACCCAAAACCACGGCACUGAUAUUUGCAUCGGGUAAAAUGGUAUGUACUGGAGCGAAGAGCGAACAGCAAUCUAAGCUUGCGGCAAGAAAGUAUGCUCGUAUUAUUCAGAAACUUGGUUUUCCUGCUAAAUUUAAGGACUUUAAGAUUCAGAAUAUUGUUGGCUCUUGUGAUGUCAAGUUUCCAAUUAGGCUUGAGGGCCUUGCAUAUUCUCAUGGUGCCUUCUCAAGUUACGAACCAGAACUCUUUCCUGGCCUUAUCUAUCGGAUGAAACAACCAAAGAUUGUUCUUUUAAUUUUUGUUUCAGGCAAGAUUGUUUUGACUGGAGCAAAGGUGAGAGAGGAGACCUACACUGCAUUCGAAAACAUCUAUCCUGUACUGACAGAGUUUAGAAAAGUUCAGCAAUGGUAUGUAGUUCUUUUUAUCAUGCUUCAAUCAUAG